UCCCUUGCACACGGUACAUAAAACACCAUGGAACAGCUUUUGCUUCGGUUCUCUCAAAAGUGACCAUAUUUGCUUUAUGAUAUCUCCGUAACAAUUCAGUUGUUGUUGGUGGUGUUUGCCUUUAAAAGCAUGAAGUUACUGAUUGGUAUCUGUCUUCUUUUGGUGGCAUUUCGAGCGGUAAAUGCUCGAAAUGUUUGGAGUCAGCAGAUCGAAAACUUCUACCAUCUUGUGGGGAAAAUUGAAGCCGCUCUGCAAAGAGAAGCGUUGGAAAUUUUGAGCAGCUUGGACUUGAAGUGGCAUGAAGAAAUUUGGACCAAUGCCAACAUGAGUCGGCAGUGUGAGGAGGACAUGUUGAAGUUUCGGAAGGAUCUGUUUCAUCGGGAGAACUACGCUCUACAUAUGCUAGACGCCUGUGGAAAACCUCCGAGUGGCAUUCUGACUGGCAACCUGAACUGGCCCGGCAGUUACUCCCAGUGCGUCAAAGUGACCAAAGAAGAGAACAACAUCACGUUCGACGGGAAGUACUUCAUGGCAAAUUUGGUUCUUACCGAAAGCAACAACCAGACCAACAUCCCAAUGAAACUAGGCCUGUGCGUCCCUAGUUCGUGCACUGAGAAUGACGUCAUUUUGCAGAUAGAAAACAAUCUCUUUGUCUGGUCAAUGGUUAAUUGGAGAGUCCUAAAAGUUACUGCGUACUUACCGGAAGUCGCACCAAUUAAUCCAUGGACAGUGGCUGCGAUUUUAAUCUGUGCGGCAAUUUGCAUAUUGCAACUGGUUGGUACGACAUAUGAUGUCAUGGUUGUACGACAUCGGAAAGCAGCCACCGAAAAGACUCCAGAAGCAAUUGCAAACGGCGCCAAAUCACAUGAAGUUAGUCCCGGACAAGAAGGUAUUUCAUGUCGAUUGCUCUUGGCCUUCUCCGUCUAUAACAACAUCGAGAAGCUUCUCAGUACCAAGCAGUCACCUGACAGUAUCACCUGUCUACACGGCAUCCGCUUCCUCAGUCUUACCUGGAUCGUCUUGGGACACACCUAUUACUUCUCACUCGAAUCUGUUGAUAAUCCAUUGGCUGUAUUUGAAAUAAGCAAAACGUUCACAUUUCAAGUUGUUCUUGAGACCAUGUUGGCGGUGGACACCUUCUUUCUUGUCAGCGGGCUGCUGAUGACAUACCUCUUGCUCAUACGAUUGGAGGAGGGCAUUGGAGACGGACAUUCAAUCAAAUUUGGGAUGCUGUACCUCGUAAGGUACAUCAGGCUAACUCCUGCAUUACUGUUUGUGAUGAUGGUGACGACUUGGAUGCUUCCCGAGCUGUUUAUGGGACCCCUGUGGCACUCAGGCCAGCCAUGGGACACUUUUGAGAGCGGUUGCUGGGAGAACUGGUGGACGAACAUCCUCUACAUCAACAACAUCGUCCAUAUUGACCAUACCUGCAUCGGCUGGCCUUGGUAACUUGGCUAACGAUAUGCAGUUCUUCAUCAUCGGUGUUCCCAUAGUCUAUGUUCUCUACAGGUGUUGGUAUGCUGGUCUUGCCAUAAAACUGCUGCUCCUAGUCGCCAACUUCGUAGCCACAGCCGUGGUAGUAGCAGAGUAUGACGUAAGGGCGGACUUUUUCCUAACAGACGUACAGCACAGACAAAAGCGGCACGAUGAUAUUUACAAGCACUACUACAUCAAGCCAUGGUUCGCAUCGAUCCUUUAGUCGUC